AUGGUCGUCUUUGAUCAUGUACCCCGACUAUCGCAGGCACGUCUGGAUGCCUCGCUGACGGACGCGCCGUUGGAUGCGAAGACGCUCGCAUCGCAGCCACUGCUUCCUACAGACGACAAGGCCAAGACAGUACUGUACCUGGCCUAUGGCUCCAACUUGUGUGACGAGACGUUUCGGGGCGUGCGUGGGAUACAUCCACUAUCACAGGUCAACGUCUUGGUCCCUUCGCUGAAGUUGACGUUUGACCUCCCCGGCAUUCCUUACCAAGAGCCUUGUUUCGCCAAUACAGCGCUGCGGGUGCCGGACGCGCAGGACUACCACAAGGACCGCUGGCACAAGGGCCUGGUAGGCGUCGUGUACGAAGUCACGCUUGCCGACUAUGCGCACAUCAUAGCCACAGAAGGAGGAGGAAGCGCCUACAACGAUAUCCUCGUCGACUGCCAUGUGUUGCCACCCGCGGCCACAGUCCCUGCCUCGCCCGAUUCAAAGCCCUUCAAGGCGCAUACCCUCUUUGCGCCCAUUGUAGACAACCACCACCACCAGCCGCAAACAAGCGACCGUGUGACGCGACCCGACCCUAGCUAUGCGCAACCUUCGGCGCGCUACCUCAAACUCAUAACCGAUGGCGCUGCUCAACGGAAUCUGCCUGCCGAAUACCAGGACUACCUGCACGAGAUUCGUACAUAUACCAUUACAACUAAGAAGCAGAAAAUUGGCAAAAUGAUAUUCCUGGGCAUUUGGAUGCCAUUCGUCAUGUUUGUAUUUACACUAGCGAGGAAGAUGCAGGAUAAACAUGGGCGGGCCCCAUCAUGGCUUGCAAAACUUAGCGCUCUGUUGUUUGCCGGCAUGUGGAUGAGUUACGACAGCGUGUUCAAGGGUACAUUUGGCGAUGGAGAGAGAACAAUUGGCGACGAAGCAAUGUCAGCCAUGGACGAUGUAAUAGUGAGGAGGGAAUCAUCAAGUCGGUACGAUGCUGAAAAAGAAGCCUUGCUGGAAGAGUACGCAGAGACAAUAUAA